UUACCGAUUUUCUCCCGAAAUUUCUUAAAAGAAUUCGGCAAAAAAUUUUAUGAGAUCUUUACGAAUUCUUUAAAAAUUUCUAUACAAAUCAGAAUACUCUGAUGGCUUGCAGGGUGUUGAGAUGUUGAAAUAUUUAUUUUGUUAUUUGCUUUUGUAUGUAUGUGUGCACACACAUGUAUAGCAGGAGAAUAAAAAAAAAUGGUCAGCCGCCCACGGCCAGAGCAAUUUGCGCGUUGAGAAAUUGUAUUGAUAUUCAUACAUACAUACAUACGUAUGUACGUACAUACAUAUUUACCCCCUUAUUUAUGUAAAUAAAUCUGUCAAAUCUGUGGUGGGAUUAAACAAUUUUGGCAGUCUUUUUCGCUACAAAUAACGUGUCAUGAUUUAGACUGUAUUUCUUCUUUGAGAGGAAAUAAACUGCACGCAGUUUGGCAUUAAAAUUUAGUAAAAUUUUCCUUUCUAGCCAUUCUUUUUUUCUUGUUAUCGAUUUUCUUGAUCGUUGCUAGCACAUGCAAUAAUAUGUUCAUAUUUUUAGUAUUUGCGCGCAGUUAUAUUGAAAACAAAUAAUAACAAACAAAUAAGCAUAAAAAAGGCGAAAAAAAUACGACUCAUUGGGAACACCAUCAGCAAUAGUAGCAGCAGCAAGACAUAAUGUCGACAACUUCGUCCGUUGAAACGCCUACAUCUCCCAGCGUUCCAUUGGCACCCCAUCAGUCACGUCAGCAUCAACAACAACAUCAACCUCAACAACAUCAAUAUCAUCCGCAUCAGCAUACGACCACAGCUAUUGUUGUCAACGCUGGCGCCGGCGCUAGCCAUCAUCACACCAAUUCGGGCAACACUCAAUUUACUCAAUUUAGCCGUCAUCGCACCCAUUCAUCUUCGUCCUCGUCGAAUAAUUCCUUUACUGGCGUCACUGGUGUUACCUCGAUGAAGUCAGGCACAGCUGGAGCUAACACUAAUAACGGCAACGGCAAUGGCACUAGUAAUGGUAAUAGCAACGACGGCAACUGCAGUGGUAGCGGCAGUGGAACUGGAUAUGGCUAUGGCAGUGGCAGUGGCAACAAUCACAAUCAAUCGACUCACUCACUACUAACCCCAUCAUCAUCGACAUCCUCAUCGCCUUCAGUGGUGUCGGCCUCGGCCUCCACUUCGGCUGCUGUACAUCAUUCGCAUCAACAAUAUUCACAUCCGUACCAGCAACAACAACAACCACAACCACAACACAAUCAUCAUCAUCAUCAAUAUAACCAACUGCAGCAGCAUCCACAUCCACAUCCACAUCCACAUCAGCAACAGCAACAAUACUCUUCAUAUUCACAACGUGGCGUUGCAAGGCCAUCAACGUCAUUCUCGACCCCUGACGGCACUGUAACCGCUGUGGCCACCAUUUCUACGAACACGCCGGGCAGCAUGAAGCGCCAUCACACCGACGUUUCGGUGUGCUCGUCUGGCUCUUCGUCGUCUUGCUGCUCCAGCACCGGUUCGGUUUCGGCAGUCGGAGUCAUGGGCGCUGCUGCCUCCACAGUGAAUGCUGCCAUCGUAACUACACCAGCUGUGGUCAGCAGCAGCGGCGGUGCUGUGAUUACGCAGAAAUUGAGCAGGACAAUUCCAUCGGAUAAGGUUAGGUCGGAGAAUUAUUUGGCCCAACUAACAAGUAAUAAAGAAGUUGGUGUUCAUCUUUAA